AUGCGCGCGUUCAGGGGCACUUGCGAGGAACUCCAGACCAGGCCGCUAGAGGCCGCGAGGGAUCUCAUCGGCGGCGCGCUGCUAGGGCUAACGCCGCAGCAGCGCGGCAUUGUCAUCGCGGGCGUGAUCGAGGGCGCCGGCGAUGACAGGGCUUGGGCGCGCGCCCCGCGUGCCCUAGCCACGCUGCCCGUCGACGCCGCGCAAGUCGAGCGGCCCGGGGUCGAGCCGCUGCUAGCUGAUCCGUGCCUGCAGAGGCAUCAGCGCGCGGCCGUCAUUGCGCCGCUCGACGUGGCCUCCGCGAUCCAGUCGAUGGCUGGGCAGGUGGUGGCCCUGGAGGUGAAGAUCUCCUGGGGGCGCUCCCUUGCCAUACCGGCUGUGGCGGGCGGGCUGGCUUGUUUCCACUUCAACGACCUGUGCCGCCGGCCGCUGGCGGCAGAGGAUUUCUUGUGCCUCGCCACCAGGUUUCAUACCGUGUUCGUCCACGGGGUACCUCGGCUUUCCCUCGAGGAGCACAAUGAGGCGCGGCGCUUCACCAAUCUCGUGGACGCCCUCUACGAGCACUCGGUGCGGCUGCUGUGCCGGCGCCUCGGCCGGGCCGGGGUGCGCUCGAGCGGCGCGGCCCGCUCCGCCCGGGCCUCCGCUCCGAGCCUUUCUCCGCCGGGAGGCCACGGCCCUGCCCUGUGGUCUUGUCCAAUAUGCUGCAAGUCAUGCGCUUAA